AUGGAGGGGGGGUACCGAAGAACCUAAAAAGAUCGCGAGGAACAACGCGCGAGAGCAAGAAAAAGUUUAAGGAAAGGGUGAAACGAAAAAGGAGGAGAAAAACGAGAAAAUAAAAGUUUGAUUGAAUCGUGAAUUGCAGUGAACCGAGUUAACCCGUGUGUCAGUUUGGAAAACAUGUCCGAUACAAGAAGACGUCGCAAGCAAUCGGGUGGAUCUGACGAUCUAUCGGACUCUUACGAGCUCAAUGCGACAAGAGAGACACAGAGCAGCGAACAAACUGACGGCCAUCGUGAUUCGGAAUAUGAUACCGCAGGAAGUGAAGGAGAUUCCGAUAGGGAUUCGCAGGAUGGCGGAGAGCGAGAGAGCGGCGAUGGUCAAGAGGAAGACAAACCUCAACGAAAAUUGGAUGAUGACGAAGAUAGACGAAAUCCCCAGUAUAUACCGAAAAGAGGGACAUUUUAUGAACACGACGAUAGAACAACCGAGGAAAUGUCUGAAAGUACUGCCGAACCACCAGUGGAGAGAGAAGUUAAGGAGAAAAAAGUGUGGAAAGAUAAAGAGGAUAAAUGGAAUCACGAUCGGUACAAUGAUGACGAACAAGCUCCCAAGAGUCACGAAGAACUCAUAGCUGUUUACGGCUACGACAUUAGGAAUGAGGAAGGUCCACCAAGAGCACGAAGAAGAAGGCGUUAUGGCCGUGGACCAAACAAGUACACGCGAAAUUGGGAGGACGAAGAUGCAUACGGAAAAACUGCACCAAGCAUAACGACCGGUAAAAAUUCUGGCAAGAGAACCAACAAGAAUGGCGAAGAUUUUCCAGCUCUUGGUGGCGUUAACAAGGAUGCAUCAACCGAGUCCGUGGAUGAGCCGGUGAUAUCGUCAGCUUGGUACAGUAACAAGAACAAAGCACCGAUAAAACAACAAAAUUUCCCGCCGCUUCAGUCACAGCAGGAUAACAAUCAGAAAUCAAAAUCUGGUAGCUCGAAUACUCAUACGAAUGAAAACAGAGCUCCGAACGAGCCGACGAAUCCUGCGUGGAGAAAGGAGCCGAAAGUCCCAACGCGAAAUUUAAGUCCGAACAGAAAUGUGGUCAACGUAGUUGGAAGCGCUAAUGUCGAGACUGAAAAAUUGAUGAAUGUGAAACCAGUAGCGCGAGACACGAAGGACGUUAUGAAGAAACGACAGGUUCAAGAGUCUGUUAGCCUUGCAGCAAGUAAAUCACGUGGUCGAGGAUUCCGGGCAAAUCCAAACAACAAUCUGGUUGGCGGCAAUAGGACCAUAGAUUUAAAACCGAAAGGACGAGGCUUUAGCGUCGCUGGUGUUGAAUCGAAAAGAAAUAAUGCAGCGAGUUUACACGAGAAUGAGCAACAUCAGCAUCUUGUCAAUGACACGAAACACAUGAGUCUCAAUGAUGGGUCGUUCCAUCCAAGACAAACGAAAAACUUUUACGUUCAGUCACCGGGACAACAACGACCCAGUACAGUGCCACCGCGAAUGCAGCAACAACAGCAACAACAACAACAUUCUCAACAGCAUCAUCAGCAACAACCACUGCAAACUCCGGAACCACAACCGCAACAAGUUCAUGCUCAGCAACCCGACGUGGCUGGUAACAGACCAAAACGGUAUUCGAGUCUUCGUCAACGACCUGCGAUUCCCGAAGGACCGGGACAACAACAACCACCUACUUAUUCGACGCAACAUCCACAGCAUGGAUUUUAUCCACCACAAGCUGGAAAUACCCACGGUGUUGUGGAGACGCAAGGUUUCCCGCAAACUCAUUUUGAACAACAAACGCCCGUCGGAAAUUCUCCAGCACCGAUGGCAGGACAACCGGUUAUGCCUUUGACUCCUGGUGGACAACCGUCUGGCUAUGCUCCUCCGCCAUUUUUAGUUCCACCUCCGCAAUUCAUACCACCGCAGGCAGCUCCACCGAACAUUAUCAAUUACGUAUCAACUCCGGCUGGUCCAGCUUUCCCACCUAAUUUCCAAGGCUAUCAAGGAUACAAUCCAACGGUUCAACCACAGGGGCCGCCGCCUCCGCCCGAGCUUUUCCAACCACAGGGCUGUACUUAUUACAGCCCAGCGCAGCAACAACAACAGCAAGGUGCACCGAUGAGGCGACCCAAAGCCGCAAUACCGAUACUUCCACCCCCGGAUACGAGCGCUCAGUAUCAGCAUCAUAAUCAUCAACCGACGAUGGGACGUACCAAGACGUCGCAUCACAGGCUUUCGGCAGGCUCGGGAAAUAUGUCACCAAUGGCACAACCGUUGCAGCCAACGACGUGUCAAUUGGCACAGCCAAUGAUUCCGCAACCGUCACCACCGAUAACGUUGCAACCGUCGCAGCCGAUAAUAGCAGAGAUUCCACAACCGGUGAUGCCCGAAAUUUUGCAAUCGUCAGAACAGUCGGAACCAAUAACGUCACAAACAUUUACACAGCAGGAAGUUCGUGAUCGCCAACCGCAGGAGUCAGAUCACAAGAAUUCGCGUGAAAUUCUUGAAAACUUGGGACCCCACGGUGAAGCAACGGAAGACCAACUGAACGUAGAGAAAAUGCAGCCUGUCGUCGAACCCGUCGUCGCAAUCGAAUCAGAAAUUUCACAGGCAAUGAACGAACCAAUUGCCGAAAUUAAAGCCACCGUGGAGGCCUCAAAUCGGGAGCAGGAGAUUAAAAACAUUGCCGCCGAGCCCCCCAAUGAAACUUCGUCGAAUGAAAUUAACGUUAAAAAUCCUGAAAUUGAAACGACGCAGGAAAAAACGUUGAGCGAACCACCACACAUGGUCGAAAAUACUGAAAAAAUUGUCGUGUCUCCGAUAAAUAUCAAAAACGAAAUGGUUGUUGAACAAAUGGAAGUUAAAAAAACUGAGAUUGACGUUCUACCGGAUCAACCGGUUAUCGAAGAGGCAGCUGCCUAAUUCGCGUGUUUACUAUGAGUAGUUUUUCCAAUUGAAUACUCGAUAUUUUAGAUGAGAGCUGAGACACAAACUCGGCUGGAGAAUAUUCAAUUUUCAUAUUUCGAAUGAUCUAAAAGUGCACCGUGAUGGACGAUUGAAAAAAAAAAUAUUAAACCAUUUAAAAACGAUUAUGAGAAGAAAAGAGACAGUAGGUGAAAGAGGGUUUUUCAUAUCCUAUUAGAUAUACUUGGAGCUCGUUAAUGCCGAGCUUUUAUUUCUUUUUAACACAUUGCUUACGAAAAAGAAAUCGUAGCACGAAUAAUAGUCGUUGAUACUGUUGCAUCUGAGCGUGUUUGAGAAUGCAUUUAUCAAAUGAAUUAAUGAAACGCUCACCGCUUUGGAAACCCACAAACAAUAACGAAACUAUCGAGUUAGUCGCAGUCCUUUGCGAAACCAUUUGAUUUUUUUUUUUUUUUUUUUUUUUUUUAAAUUCAUUUUUGGCAAAACAAUUUAUUUUUUGUUCUUUAAACCAAUAUAUAUUUUUUUAUUAUUGUUAAAAGCUCAUUAAAAAAGCGUCUCAUUCGCGGAAACUGGAUCACAACAAGAAAAAUUCUUUAAUCGUUCGAUAAACGCGUUAGAGCGUUGAUAAAAAUUUUUAAAAAUUGCAUAAAUUAUAAUGAAGCGCCUCGGAAAUAAUUGAUAAAAUAAUAGGAGAUGAAGUCUUGCUAUUGAUUUCCUGCAAAUUUGCGUUUUGCAGUGUAAAUCAUUGUUAUCGUCGGGAAUAAUUAUCUGAAGAAUUAACGAUAAAAGAAAAAGUGAGAGCAAAACUUUCGAGAAAAGUGCAAUCGGCACGAGUAUACACUGAGGUGAAAAAUGAAUAAAUAACAAGAAUUUAUUUAAAAGAUUGAGGAUUAAAAUAAAUGACGACAUUCAAAUUAACCGAACGACUAGGAUCGGGGGAAUGCGCCACGGUAAAUCGAUUAAAUAGAAACAAUCUACUCACACAGUAAAAACAUAUAUAUCUACAUAUACAACAAAUAUAUGUACAAUUGCUAUAUAUAUAUAUAUAUUUUUUUUAGCAGAAUCAAAUAAACGAUUCAUUGUCAUAGCGAUUUAAUGUAAAUACUGGCAAUAUACGUAUAUUUAACGAGCGUUAUCUUUCGUUUAGAAAUAAUCGAAAGCAAAACAAAUCUCAAUUCAUUUGAAACGCUUGAUCUAAAGUUCCCAUUCGGUUUUAUUUAUCCCUCGAUUCUCUCGUACAAUUAGUUCGCAUCAUCUCGGUGUCGAAUUAAGCGAUGUAGAAGAAAACCAACAGAGAGUAUGGCUAAUUUUACUCGAACGGAGUCUCAAUGCUUUAUGUACAAAUACAUUUGUAUCGUAGAUAAUACUUCAUUCGUGUCGACGAAUAAACAAACUUAAAUUCUA